GCGCGCAAGGAUUUAAUAGACAGAACAUUUCUGACAAGCGUAGAAAAACUUUCAUCAACAGCCGCCAUAUUGCCAGUUCGUGGUCGCGUAGAAUUUCGUAUGAAUUUCUUACAUUGUAGUGCCGUAUGUAAAUUAAAGGGGUCUUGUAUGGGCAUAUGUGCGGUUAUAUAUUGAAUUAGUGGAUUGAAACUGGCAAUGUUUGUUAAAAAAGUGUGUAAAAGUGUGAAACUGGAGUGAUUAAAGUUUGAGAUCAUUGUGCGGUUCUGACGGAAGAUGGUGAGAGGCAGUCGCGAAGUAUCGGACUAGUCGAAGUUCAUUAUGGCCGAUGGUUGACUGUUAUUUGAUAAAUAUGUGCCUUGGGAGAUGCAUCGACUGCCGAACACUCGGUACAUCGACUGUUUGGAGUCGCUUCUUUCAUAUUUUCGCAUAUAAAUCAUGUGUUUUGUGCGAAAAUUGCGAUAAAUAGUGCAUUAAAGUGCAGUUAGUGCGGUCGGCCGCAGCAUUGGGCCAGUGCUUCGGCUAAGGCUUUGGCUUGGUAAACACUUGGUAAACACCGCCGAUUUUGCUAUGGCCGAUCAUCUCGUUGAUGGCCCGCCGAAUGCCAAACGGCAGAAGCUCGAGUCCUUUCAGGGACCAUCGGACUCUGCUUACAACAACAACUACGGUAUGGGUCCCUCUCAGGCCCUUUCAACCUCAAUGGGUGAUGGUAUUUCCAAUCCGAGGCACCAAUGGAAUUAUAGCCACCAACAAAAUGUGUUUUCAAACAUGGACAUGUUGGAUUUGGAGAAUGACCUGCCAGAUGAACUUAAUUCCCUAACAUAUAAUAUGGGCAAUUCCCUAAUGUCAGACAAUAUGGGCAACUCCAAACCACCUGCCCAAGGUCCGGGCCCUGGUAACAUGCAGAAUGGCUUAGAUGCCAAUGAAACCAAUAAUUUAAGGCAAAUGCAAAUCAAUCUUCUUCAACAGAAACAAGGUUUGGUGGGCAAUCCAUUGGGUAUGGCUGGUGCACAAUUAGGCAAUAAAAGCCCCAACCUGCAAUCGCCGCCCAACGUGUCAGUCGCCAAGGGCAACGUUGUAGACCAACUGAAUUUAGGUAGUUUACCAUCUAGUAUCACCAAUAACGCUGGACUACAGUCAAUAGCUAAUAACGGUAGUUCUCCGCAAGUUAUGAGCUCUAUUCAAGGUAUUAAUAAUAGUGCAGGGGGUAACAUGAUAAUGACUAAUAGCAAUAUGAAUACACUUGGAGGUAUGGCUGGAGGAGGUUUGGUUGUUAGUAGUAGUGUAAAUAAACCAUUGACCAAUGCUUCCGGUAUGUUAGCGCCUGGGCAGCCUCAUCAUCCCGGUAAUCAUCCAGUACCUCAGGGCCUUCAAAACGGACCGAUGUUAAACCGAAUCCACUCGCCGUUCAACCAGAGGAUACCCGGACCGCACGUUCACAUAGGCGGUCAACGACUCGCCGCCCCCGGCUCCAUGAUAGGUGGAGGCGGCGGCCCCGUGAACGCGCCGUUUUCCUACCAGAAAGGCGGCGCCGGUCCACAGGGCGCGAACUGCAACAUAGGACGGAUGGUGCCGCAGCAGCAGCAGCAGCAGCAACAGCCGGAACCUUGCACCAGGUUCGGUGCUCCGGCCGCUGGCCCGGGGGUUCCCACUGGGCUGGGCGGAGAGGGCGGCAUGGUGCAGACUCAACCUCCUGCGCCGUCGCCCGCCCAACCGCAAUCCGGAGCGCCCGCAGGCAGUCAGCCGGGGCCUCAGCAAGCCACGCAAAACCCACCACCUUCGACGGCAGACCCUGAAAAGCGCAAGCUGAUUCAGCAACAGCUGGUGCUACUGCUGCACGCGCACAAGUGUCAGCGCCGUGAAACGUCGCAAGCCAACGGGGAGGUGUGGAAUUGCACCCUGCCACACUGCAAGACGAUGAAGAACGUCCUCAACCAUAUGACCACAUGUAACGCGGGCAAAUCCUGCUCGGUUGCCCAUUGUAGUUCGUCGCGGCAGAUCAUCAGUCAUUGGAAGAACUGCAUAAGAACGGAUUGUCCUGUGUGUUUGCCUCUUAAACAGGCCGACAAAAAUAGAAACAAUCCCAAUGCAGCAGCAGCGGCCGCGGCGGCAGCAGCAGCGGCGGCAUCGAACCCGCCACAAAAUAACCAGUCUCCCAAUCAAUCGGCAACCGAUAUGCGUCGGGCGUACGAAGCGCUGGGCAUCCAGUGUCCGACGAGCGGUGCCGGUCCAACGCCACCCGGCCUAAUACCCAAUCCUGGGCAGCCCCGGCCACAGCUGCGCUCUCUGCCUGGCGGGCCCGCCAUACCAAACUUGAACGCCAACAUGGCGGGCGCCCGAGUGCUCGUGCCUCCAGGUCCAAACACGCCAACAGCCUCGUUACCUCUCGGUAGCGAUCCGGCGUCGCAGGCGGCCCAGGGCAUCGCCAGCCAAGCCCAAGCGCUACAGCAACAAACAGUCAACACGGUCAUGUUCGGUUUGGCAAGCAGCGCGGAAGCCGCCUCGCAAGGCCUAGUCAAUUCGGCGGGCGGUCUGCAAGCAGGACAAGUGACCGCGUCGCCUGUGACGGGAACGAAAGAAUGGCACCAGAGCGUCACGCCUGAUCUUCGGAACCAUCUCGUUCACAAACUGGUGCAGGCAAUAUUUCCAACUCCCGAUCCGCAGGCUUUGCUCGACAAGAGGAUGCACAACUUGGUCGCGUACGCGCGAAAGGUAGAAGGCGACAUGUACGAAAUGGCCAACUCGCGAUCCGAAUACUAUCACCUGUUGGCAGAGAAAAUAUACAAGAUUCAGAAAGAACUGGAAGAAAAGAGGCAGAAGCGAAAGGAGUUGCAGCUCCAGCAGCAACAAACCACCAAUCCCCAAAUCAGACCGAACCUGCAAGUCGGCGGCGGACCAAGACCCGGCGGACCUGGAAACAUGAUUCCGCAACAUCCACAACCAUGCGGUUCUCCGUCGUCGCUGGUCCCUGCCAGUCUAAAUUCAGGUCUUGGUGGCGUCUUGAACAAUUCGGGGAUAAGAAUGUUCAAUUUACAGCAACAAAAUCAACAAAACACGCAGCCAAAUACGCAACAAGGUGGUCUCCAGCAGGUUCCGCAGAUGCAGCAGCAGCAGCAGCAGCAGCAAACGGUGGGUCUGCCGGGACCGAGUCCCACGCAUUCGAAUCCAGGAUUGUCGCCGUUCGGCGGCAACCCUCUGUCGCAAGGCAGCACCAGCGGACCGGCGACGAACACCGGCGGCGGCGGCCCGUUCCCUCCGACGAGCAACGGUUCCGUCAGUCUGCCGCAAGCGUCGCCGGCCGGCGGCGGCGGCGGCGGCCAACCCAACUUUGGCGACAUGAUCAAGAAUCGGAUGGCGCCGUCGCCCAGCUUCCAAGUGCAGACGCCGCUCUCGCAGCAAUCUCAAACGGGUGGUCAGGUGAACGCAACGAACGGCUCCAUCGGCGGAAGAGUGCCGCCCAACAGCAGCACCGAGAACGCCACGACGCCUCAAGAAUCGCAGCAGCAGUCCAGCCAGCAGGCGAUGGCCGGACCGAAAUCGGUCAGUUCGUCGCGGGGCCCGUCUCCCGUGGCGCCGCCCACCCCCGUUCAAGCGUCGCCUGCGCCUCAGGCCAGCAUGGGCAAAGGCAUGAGCAGUGCGGAGCGGGCGGCGCAGAACGCGCCCAGGUCCCUCUCUCACACCUCGCAAAUGGGAGCCAUCUUGGCGGCGGCGGACAGAGACGAGGACUCGCCGUCGCCACCCUCGGGCGGCACCAAAGGCAAACUCGACCAAAUCAAAAUGGAACCGAUGGAAGUUAAGCAGGAAGAUGGCGAGCACAACGACAGCCACGGCGAUUCCAUGGGCGGCGGCAAGAACAUCAAGAGCGAAAUGAAGAGCGAAAACAAGCAGGAAAUCAAAAGCGAACCGAUGGACGAGGGCGAAGGGAACGCCAACGCCAUCAAGGACGAAAUGCAAAUCAAAAAGGAAGAAGGCGCCGAAGGUUCCGGCUCCGAUAUCAAACCUCAAAUCCUACCGGACGGUUCUAUUGCGCAGAUGGGCGACGCCAAGGGCAAACCAAAAUGCAUCAUCAAACCGGACGAGAUCAGGCAGAAGCUGAUGCCGACUUUGGAAAAACUGUUCCGUCAAGAUCCGGAAUCGAUUCCGUUCCGACAGCCGGUCGAUCCGCAAACGCUCGGCAUUCCCGACUAUUUCGACAUCGUGCGCCGGCCCAUGGACCUGUCCACGAUCAAGCGCAAGCUCGACAUCGGCCAAUACGGCGAUCCUUGGGAAUACGUCGACGACGUGUGGCUAAUGUUCGACAACGCGUGGCUUUACAACAGAAAAACCAGCAGAGUCUACCGAUACUGCACCAAGUUGAGCGAAGUCUUCGAGCAAGAGAUCGACCCUGUUAUGCAGAGCAUGGGCUACUGCUGCGGCAGAAAGUACACGUUCAAUCCUCAGGUGUUGUGCUGCUACGGCAAACAAUUGUGCACGAUACCGCGGGACGCGAAAUACUACAGCUAUCAGAACAGCCUGAAAGCGUACGGCUUGGGAUCCGACCGAUACACCUUCUGUCAGAAGUGUUUCAACGAUAUCCAAGGCGAUACCGUCACGUUAGGAGACGAUCCCACACAAACGCAAACCGCAAUAAAAAAAGACAUGUUCAAAGAGAUGAAGAACGACCAUCUGGAGAUGGAGGCGUUCGUGCUUUGCCAAGAGUGCGGUCGCAAGCUUCAUCAGAUCUGCGUGCUUCAUCACGAGGCGAUAUGGAAUCAGGGAUUCACUUGCGAGAGUUGUCACCAGAAGAAAGGUUCAAAGAGAAGGGAGAACCGAUUCAACGCUAAAAGGCUGCCCGUCACCAACUUGGGCAUGUACAUUGAGAAUAGGGUAAACAUCUACCUGAAGAAGAAGGAAGCGGGCGCGGGCGACGUGUCGAUUCGCGUCGUCUCGAGCAGCGAAAAGAUGGUCGAGGUGAAGCCGGGCAUGCGCGGCAAGUUCGUCGAGAGCGGCGAGCUGUCGAGCGAGUUCCCGUACCGCGCCAAGGCCCUCUUCGCCUUCGAAGAGAUCGACGGCACGGACGUGUGCUUCUUCGGCAUGCACGUGCAAGAGUACGGCUCGGAGUGUCCGGCGCCGAACACGCGGCGCGUCUACAUCGCCUACCUCGACUCCGUGCACUUUUUCAAGCCGCGCCAGUUCAGGACGGCCGUCUACCACGAGAUCCUGUUGGGUUACAUGGACUACGUGAAGCAGCUGGGCUACACGAUGGCGCACAUCUGGGCCUGUCCGCCUUCCGAAGGCGACGACUACAUCUUCCACUGUCAUCCCAACGAGCAAAAGAUUCCCAAACCCAAGAGACUGCAAGACUGGUAUAAGAAGAUGCUCGACAAGGGCAUCAUCGAACGAAUAGUACUAGAUUAUAAGGAUAUUUUAAAACAAGCAAUGGAAGAUAACCUUAGAUCAGCGGCGGACCUGCCUUACUUUGAGGGCGAUUUCUGGCCUAACGUUUUAGAAGAGAGUAUCAAAGAAUUGGACCAAGAAGAGGAGGAGAAACGGAAACAGUUGGAAGCUGCCGAGGCCGCCAUCUUUAUGUCGGAAGAGUGCGAGGUGGGGCCGGACGGCAAGAAAAAGGGUCAGAAGAAAGCGAAGAAGAGCACCAAAUCGAAGGCGAACCAAAGAAAGAACAGCAAAAAAUCGAACGCGCACGAAACCGGAAACGACCUGUCGGCAAAAAUAUUCGCCACCAUGGAAAAGCACAAGGAGGUGUUCUUCGUCAUUCGUCUGCAUUCCGUUCAAUCUGCAGCUAGUUUAAAACCAAUCCAAGAUCCAGAUCCGUUCAUCGCGUGCGAUCUCAUGGACGGUCGCGACGCGUUCCUGACGAUGGCGCGCGAAAAGCACUACGAGUUCAGCAGCCUGCGUCGCGCCAAGUUCAGCACGAUGUCGAUGCUGUACGAGCUGCACAACCAAGGUCAGGACAAGUUCGUCUACACUUGCAACGAGUGCAAGGCGCACGUCGAGACGCGCUAUCACUGCACCUUCUGCGAGGACUUCGAUCUCUGCAUUCAGUGCUACAAGAAGGUCGGACAUCCGCAUCCCAUGGACAAGCUCGGCUUGGACAUCGACGACGGAAGCUCGCCCGGCGGGAACGCCACCCCGCAGGAGCAAAGGAAGCUCUCCAUCCAGCGUUGCAUCCAGUCGCUGGUGCACGCGUGCCAAUGCAGAGACGCCAACUGUCGCCUGCCCAGCUGUCAGAAGAUGAAGCGCGUCGUCAACCACACGAAACAGUGCAAACGGAAGACGAACGGCGGAUGUCCCAUCUGCAAGCAGCUCAUCGCGCUGUGCUGCUAUCACGCCAAACACUGCCAAGAAACCAAGUGUCCUGUGCCUUUCUGUUCGAACAUAAAGCACAAGCUGAAGCAGCAACAGCUGCAACAGCGCCUGCAGCAAGCGCAACUUCUGCGACGUCGUAUGGCGGUGAUGACGCGCGGCGUCGCUCCCACGACGGUGAGCUCGAUGCCUGGCGGCGGCAACAGCAUGCUGCCGUCCGGCGUCGGAGGCGGCGUGCAGUCGGUGGUGCCGGGCGCGAUAUCGCCCGCCAACAGCAUAGGCGGCGGCAUGCCGCAACCCGGGGGCGCCGGGCUGGGCAUGCAGUCGCCGCACCAGGCCGGAAUCGGCUUGAAGCCGGGCGCCCAGACCCCGCCCGCCAACGUGCUUCAAGUGGUCAAGCAGGUGCAGGAGGAGGCGGCCAGGCAGCAGGCGCCGCACGUCGGCUACGGCAAAGUCAAUCCCGGCGGCGGCGGCGGGCCCGUCCCAGGCCAGAACAUGCCGCCCCCGCAGAUCAGGGCCUGUCUUGGACCUCAAGGCGGCAAUCUCCUGCCGAUGGAGCAAUGGCAACAGCGGUACCCGGGCGGCGUGGCGCAAGGCAUGCGUCAGCCCGGGCCGCCCGGCCAGAUGCUUCAGUCGGGCAACAUGGUGGGACAGCCGGGCAACCCGAUGCAAGGCAACCAAUCGGGCGUGCGCCCCGGUCAACAGCAGAUGAACGUUCCCGGUCAGGGACAGAUGAUGCAGAAGCAGGCGCUGCAACAGCUGAUGCAGACGCUGCGGUCGCCGCAGUCGGCCGAGCAGCAGCAACAGAUCCUGCAAAUACUCAAAGCGAAUCCGCAGCUGAUGGCGGCCUUUAUCAAACAAAGACAGAUGGCUCAAAGUGGCGCGGGCGGACCUCAGCAGCAACAGCAACAACAGCAGCAGCAGCAACAGCCGUUGCAGCACAUGCUGAGUCAGCAAAGCCAGGUGCAGCAGCAGCAGCAACAACAGCAGCAGCAGCACGCGGCGGCUAGCAGGCUGCAGAUGCCGGGCGGCAUGAUCAACCAGGGCCAACAGGGUCUGCAGGCUGGUCCUCAGGGUCAGCCGAUGACGCAGCAGCAGCAGCAGUGGUAUCAGCACCAGAAGCUGCUGGCACUGCAGCGGCAACAGCAGCAGCAGCAGGCGCAGCAGCAGCAGCAACAACAGCAAGGUUUCCAACAGCCUCCGGCGCCGCCGUCGUAUCAACAGCAGCAGCGACUGCCGGCGAUAAGGCAGCCGCACAUGGGCUACAACAACUCGUUCGGCGACCAAGGCCAGUAUCCGCCGAUGCAGGGCUUGAAGCCGACGCCGCCGCCAGUGCCCAGUCCGCAGGGCGUGAUGGGCCCGCCGCAAGGCCAGGGCAUGACAGUGCAACAGCAGCAGCAACUCAUGCAGAGCGUGAGGAGUCCACCGCCCAUAAGAAGUCCGCAGCCGUCGCCUUCGUCUCGUCCUCUGGCGUCGCCGCGCAACCAGGCGGUGCCUAGCCCGCGCGGGCCUCAACCCUCGCCGCACGACCUGGCCGCCUCCGAGAUGCUCCUGGGCGGCGGAUCGGGCGGCGGCGGCGUGGGCGUCGGGCAGAACCACUCGGGCGCCGGGGGGCUGCACCCUCACUCGUCGGCCGCGCCGACGGCGUCCGGCGUGGGUGGUCCGCAGGACGCGUCCGGCCAGGAGGCGACCCCCAUGACGCCGCAAGACCAGCUCAGCAAGUUCGUGGAACAGCUCUAGUGGUGCAGGGCGCUGCUGUCUUCCAGGAGAUCGGCAGACGUCUAAUACCCAUUCAUCAAAUAGUGUCUACCUAAAUGUAAAUAUAGAAAAAUAAUAAUGACCUAGCAGCGAGUGAGACUGACUUUGGAAACGAUGUAAAUAGUGUAAUUCGACGCAGAGACCUUUUUUAAAACAAACCAACCACCCCCUGUACAUAUGUUUUAUAAUGUUUAACAUAAGAAGAAUUUGUAUAAAAAAUAUGUAUAAUUUUUAGUGAUGAUAAACAAACAUGAAGUUAACCUAAAUAGAAGAAGUGAAGAUACCUAAAAAGUAUUUGGCUUUGCGUGAGGCUGUGUUCUAUAACUUAAAAAUUUAAAGCGGAAUGUUACCGAAAGUGUUUAAUGUAUAACGGCAUAGCUGACGCACUCUUGUCCGUUCAUUUUUUAUACUUGACAUUAAUUAAUUAUAUUAAGAAAAAAUGUUUUAAUUAAACAAAACUUAUAGUGACGCUGUAAAUAAUAAUUUUUACCGAAAAGACUUUAGUUAAACUGUAAAUUCGGUAGCUAUGUAAGCUAUGUGAUUGUCCUUGUUCUAGGGACUAUUUGUUUUUUAUAUAUAUUUAUAAUUUAUAUAUCGUAUUUGUUUUCUUUUUCAUGUGUUAUAUAACAUUCCACGAAUCCUUUUUGUGGAGUGAAUUUAUCAUUAUCAAUUGCUCUGGCUUCUUUCUUUUUAUUAUUAUUAUUAUUAUUUUACAUACCUACCUACCUUCCCACAAACAACCUCCUCACCAACUUUUUUUAUUUCGCCCAAAACAAACCACUCAAACAACGACUUCCAAACACCUUUUUACAGCCAGUGACAUACUUAAACAAACACUCCCUCCCCUAAUUUAUUUUUGAACAUACAUCAAUUUAGUAUAAAAAUUUUAGUGUUAAGCAUUAUAUAAAAGAGAAAUAAAUAAUAUUAAAAAAAUUUAAAAUAUA